AUAGGAUGGGACACGGGGAUGGGGCAGGGGACACCGGGGGACAUUGAGGGACAGCGGACCCUCCCCGUGACCGCGUGCCCGGACAGAGCGCGAGUCUUGGGCGGAGCCCCAUCACGGGCGGAGGGGCGCGGCUUAACGGCACCGGCCAAUCAGGUUCGGGGGGCACGAUUCAGCCCCGCCCCUUCCACGAUGGCAGCGCCGGGGAGCCACGUGGGGACCGGGGGGGGACGGGAGACGGAGGAAGAGAACGGGGAAGGGGAGGAGGAAGAGGAGCAAGAAGGAGAAGCAGAAGCGGCGCUGCGGGCCGUGUUCCCCCGCGACCCCGCGCUGUUCGCCGAGUUCUUCCCGGAGCGGCGGCGGUUCCAGCUGUGCGGACGCGUCCUGCGCAUCGCGGAGCACCACGGGCCGCGGCUCGGGCCCGCCGGGGCCGUCUGGGAGGCGGCCCUGUCCCUGUGCCGGUUCCUGGGCGAGCAGAACCUGGAGCUGGCGGGGAGGCGGGUUCUGGAGCUGGGGGCCGGUACCGGCAUCGUGGGAAUCUUCGCUGCCAUGCUGGGGGCAGAGGUGACACUCACGGACCGGCCGCCGGCGCUGCCGCAGCUGCGGGAAAACGUGCGGCGAAACUUCCCGGGGGGCACGGGGGGACCGCGGGUGCGGGCGCUGCGCUGGGGGCGGGACCAGCGCCGCUUCGCCCCCAAAUUCCACCUCAUCCUGGGUUCCGACAUCGUGUACGACCCCAGCGCCUUCGCCCCGCUCCUAGGCACCCUCCGACACCUCGUGGUCGCCCCCGCCCAGGCGCUGCUCAGCGCCCGCCUGCGGGGCGGAGAUGCCGGCACCUCCCGCUUUUUCCGCCAGAUGUUGCCCCCGUUUUUUCGGGUGCAGCUGCUGCGGCGGGAGCCGGAGGAGGACAUCGAGAUCUACGCGGUGACCCCGCUGAAUCAGGGCAGGGGGGCGCAGCCCAUCCUGGGGUCUCUUACGGUGGGCUGGGGGGAUCCGGAGGGGGAUUAAAUGCUCCCGAGGGGGCC